AUGGCGCCGCCGCCCACCGCCGCCGCGGCCGUCCGUUGCCACCCGCACAUCCUCCGCAGGGGCCUCCUGCCCGCUUCGUCGCCGCUGCUCCCCUUCGCCUCCCGGCUGGCCUCCUCCACGCCGCUCCGCGCCCAGCCGCUGCGCUUCUCGCUCUCCCCCGUCCCCAAGAGCAUCUCCUCCUCCUCGACCUCCCACAUCCCCGUGCGCUCCCUCUUCACCGGGAUCGUCGAGGAGGUCGGCCGCGUGCGCCGCAUCGGCCCGCCGCCCACGCCUCCUGGGGGCGGGGGAGACGCGGCUCCCGGUGUCGACCUCGAGGUCGAGACCAAGAACCUCCUCGCCGGGACGCAGCUGGGCGACAGCAUCGCCGUCGACGGGACGUGCCUCACCGUGGCGGCCAUCGACGCCGCUGCCUCCACCCUCACCUUCGGCGUCGCGCCGGAGACCCUCCGGUGCACGUCACUCGGCGAGCGCGUCGCGAGCGACGACGUCAACCUCGAGCGCGCGCUCACGCCGGCGUCUCGCAUGGGCGGGCACUUCGUCCAGGGCCACGUCGACGGCACCGGCGAGAUCGCCGCGUUCCGGCCCGAGGGCGACUCUAUCUGGGUCACCGUGCGUGCGCCGCCAGAGAUCCUCAGCUUGCUCGUGCCCAAGGGCUUCGUCGCCGUGGACGGGACCAGCCUCACCGUCGUCAAUGUGAACGAGGAGGCCGGGUGGUUCGACUUCAUGCUUGUGCGCUACACGCAGGACAAUGUUGUGCUGCCCAGGAAGAAGGUUGGGGAUAAGGUGAACCUUGAGGCUGACAUACUGGGAAAGUAUGUAGUGAAGCUACUUGCCGGGAGAUUGGAGGCAACGUCAAAGGCAAAUUCUUGA